AUUUUAAUUGAACAUAAAAACAGUCUUUUGAAAAUCAUUCAAAAUCACCAGCAAUGCAGACACAGACAUCAACAUAAUCAUUCAUAAGUCAUUCGGUAACUUUUGCAAUAUUUGAUAAGUAAAAAAAUUCAUGAAAAUAAUUUGAUUAUAAAAAUGGUGUCCCGAUCUGGUUUACAAAUUCUUGGCAGACGUUUUUUACAUGGAAAAAAUAGAAUUAAAACGUUAAUAUCAAGCAGAAAAUACACAGAUGAUCGAAAUUUAGGUGAUACAGUUAAUAUUCCAUCAAAAGAAAAAGUUACCGAUUUACCACCUUUAACAGAACCUGUACCAGGACUUCCCAAACCUAUAUAUGCAAAUGUUUUGAAGGAAAGGAAUGAAACUCAAGUUACGACAUUACCUAAUGGACUUCGUGUUGCAUCAGAAAAAAGAUUUGGACAAUUUUGUACUGUAGGAGUUCUGAUCGAUUCGGGACCAAGAUAUGAAGUUUCAUUUCCCAGUGGAAUAAAUCAUUUUUUGGAAAAACUAUCCUUUAAUUCAACAGCUAAUUAUACAGAAAAAGAUAAAAUUUUAGCGGAAUUAGAAUUGCAUGGUGGAAUAUGCGAUGCACAAAGUUCUCGGGAUACUUUUGUUUACGCAACUAGUACAAAUGUAAAUGGUUUAGAAACAGUCGUUCAAAUAUUAAGUGAAGCAGUAUUAAGGCCUGCUAUUACAGAUCAGGAACUAGAGUCAGCCAGAGAUGCUGUACAGUUUGAAUUAGAAUCGUUAAAUAUGCGCCCAGAACAAGAACCAAUUUUAAUGGAUAUGAUACAUGCAGCUGCCUACCGUGAUAACACGUUAGGACUUCCAAAAAUUUGUCCCAUACAAAAUUUAUAUCGAAUUAAUAAAUCAAUAAUAUUCACUUAUUUAAAACAUCAUUACGUUCCGAAACGCAUGGUGAUAGCUGGAGUUGGUGUUGAACAUGAAAAAUUGGUAGAUCUUGUUGACAGACAUUUUGUACAAGAACCAGCUAUAUGGGAAUCAAAUCCAGAUUUACUAUUUCCUGGAAAGUUUUCAGUGGAUGAAAGUGUAGCCCAGUAUACAGGUGGCUUAGUCCAAGAAGUAUGUGAAAUUCCGGAGUUUGCGGGUCACGCUUUACCAAAAUUAGCACAUAUUGUUAUUGGAUUAGAGGGUUGUUCACACCAGGAUGAAGAUUUCAUCCCGCUUUGUGUUUUAAAUAUGAUGAUGGGUGGUGGUGGAUCUUUUAGCGCUGGUGGUCCAGGAAAAGGGAUGUAUACCAGAUUGUAUACAAGUGUAUUAAAUCGAUAUCAUUGGAUGUACAACGCAACGGCUUAUAAUCAUGCUUACGCCGAUACCGGAUUAUUCUGUAUUCAUGCGAGUGCCCCACCAAAUCAUGUACGUGAAUUAACUGAAAUCAUUGUUCGUGAAAUGGUUCAUAUGACAUCAGGUCCAAACGAUUUGGAAUUAGCUCGAGCUAAGAAACAAUUACAAUCAAUGUUAUUAAUGAAUCUCGAGGCGCGGCCUGUUGUUUUUGAAGAUAUUGGCAGGCAGGUGCUAGCAACAGGUCAUCGAAAACCACCAGAAUUUUUCAUCGAUGCUAUCGAAAAAGUUACACAAGAUGAUAUAGUUCGUGUUGCAAGAAAAUUGUUAAGUUCACAACCAUCAGUCGCAGCUCGUGGAGAAAUUAAUAAAUUACCAAAUUUGCAAGAAAUACAAGCGGGAUUAUUAGAUAGUGAUGGACGUAUGCCAAGAGGAAACAGGCGAUUAUCUCUAUUUCGUUGACUCAGUUGAGUAGAAUGGAUUUAAGAGUCGCAAUAAUAUCGUUUUAUAAAAUAUGUACUGUUAAUUUAUUUAAGUAAAAAGGACCCUAUCAAAAAAUUCUGUUUAAAUGUGAAAAAAUUGUAA